CGGGCUGGGCCGCCCCGCGCGGGGCAGGCCGGGAAGAUGGAGAACUUCUCGGCGCUGUUCGGCGGGGCCGAGGCGCCCCCCACCGCCGCUGCCGCCGCCGCCGCUGCUCUGGGGUUCGGGCCCGCCAAGGCGCCGGGCGCUGGAGCCGCUCCGCCCCCAGCCGUCACCGCGCCGCCUCCAGGCGAGGACGCAGUUCGCAAGGCCGCCGUUGGCCCCUUCUACCUGCUGCGGGAGCUGCCAGGCACCACGGAGCUGACGGGCAGCACCAACCUGAUCACUCACUACAACCUUGAGCACGCCUACAACAAGUUCUGCGGCAAGAAGGUGAAGGAGAAACUCAGCAACUUCCUCCCGGACCUGCCCGGCAUGAUCGACCUGCCCGGCUCCCACGACAACAGCAGCCUGCGCUCCCUCAUCGAGAAGCCCCCCAUCUGCGGCAGCUCCUUCACCCCCCUCACCGGCACCAUGCUGACUGGAUUCCGCCUCCACGCUGGCCCGCUGCCUGAGCAAUGCCGCCUGAUGCACAUCCAACCGCCCAAGAAGAAGAACAAGCAUAAGCACAAGCAGAGCCGCACCCAGGAUCCUGUCCCCCCAGAAACACCCUCGGACUCUGACCACAAGAAGAAAAAGAAGAAAAAAGAGGAGGAUCCAGAAAGGAAAAGGAAGAAGAAAGAGAAAAAGAAAAAGAAGAACCGGCACAGCCCUGAGCAUCCGGGGGUGGGUGGCUCCCAGGCCAGCAGCAGCAGCCUGCGAUAAGGCCACCCUGAGGAUCCCCCAGCCCACAAGAAUGGCUCCAAGUGACCUGGCAGGGACUCAUCCCUCCUCCAGUGCUCAGUAGGGGGGCUUGGGCUGGGAUGUCCCCCUGACAGAGGGAACACCCCACAGCCAGCACCCUGUGUGCACCAUACAUCCAUCUGGGACCAGGGGACAGACUCUGCUGCCACCAGGGCUGCCGACCUUCACCUUUUAUAACAGAACAACGUGGUGCAUCAGGGCCUUUCAUUUUUAGUCACCUUUUAAUUAAAGUCUAUGCUCUGAGGAGGGGCUGGCGGCUCCUGCUGCAACCCACAGCCAUCACAGGUGCUGAAACCAGAUAGUCCCCAGGGUACAAGACAGAAAGUGGUGGCUGAUCUCACCAGCCCUGGCAGCAGUGGGGUCAAAGGGGCAGCACCCAGGACAGUGGGCCCCAACCUCAGCUGCUGCAGUUGGGCUGAGGAGCUCUGUAUCUUGCCUCUCACCUCUCCGGCCUUGUGAGGACAGGGGUGACACAAGAGGCACUGUGUCCUCAUGUAGCUGCUGGUCAUGGUGUGAGGCCAAGGUCUUCUUGUCCUCACCAGUUUCUGUGACACCAUCCCCACACCUUGAAAAAAA